UUACGCAGUUAAUUUUAUCAAUGCUGCUGUUGUUGAUGGUGGCGGGAUCAUCGUGAAGGGAAAUACGCUGCGUGCAACGGGUGGGGUUGACAGUUCUGAGGCUGCUAUUUAUUUUAGCAUUGUUGCUGUGAAGAACGGCGGCUACAUUGACGUGGAGAAAAACAUGAUGAGCGCGGUCAAUGGCGUUUAUUUUUUUGGCGAUACCGCCGUGAGCUCCGCGGGGCUGCUGCGAGUGGCGGACUGCGAAUUUGUUGGUAGCAUGGAGCUUUUUGAUUCCACACUGGUGUUUUUGGACGGCUCUGUGACUCUUCAGGGUGGUGCGCAGUGGCGUGUGGAGGGCAAUGAAGUUGGCACAGAUCCAUUAUUAUUCUUUCCGUAUUCUCAGCACAAAAUUUGGUUGUUGGGCAACGGCACCACCGUGGUGCUUGCACACAACCGUCAGGUGGAAAGAAGCGCCUUCUUCGCUAGGACUCUUCCAACAAACACCUUUUUGGCGUCGCCCGCGCGUUUUGUGGUUGGAUGCAACCUGCAGGGCGGUGAGGAGGUCUCGUAUGACGGUGUGUUUCCGGAGGACGUGGUGGUGUUUAGUUGUGGCACAUGCAACGACGACGCGGCGUGCUACAUGCCCGGGACGGAGUCGGUGGACCGCAGCUCGUGCUCGUGCAGCUGCAAGGACGGAUGGCAUGGCGCGUUGUGUCUUCCCUUCGAGGUGCCCGACACGGUUGUGCCGCCCGUAGCGGAGAGAGCCGUCGACGACGACACGAGCUGCGUGGUGAACCAGACGCUGAAGAGCCUCACGCUGAACAUGUGGAAGACGCACCACUGCUACGUGGGUGUGAAAUUCAGCGGCGUGGGUGCAUUGCUGACUUUUUCCCUCAACAGUAUGCCGCUGCAUCUCCCCAUCAACAUCACGCUCACCGGAUGCACAUUCCGUGAGGGUGCCGCGCUGCAGUUUUUUGGUGGCACUGAGGUGGCCGAGUCAGCCGGCGUCCUGAUACGCGUGAGCCAGACGGUGAUGCGGUCCUCCGUUGUUGUAUUUGCACUCGCCCUCCCGCAGCACUGCGACAUCGCCGUCACAGAGGUUGACACGGUGCAGUCUUCCGCGGUCUAUUUGCCGGACACCGUGAAUAAAAUGCUGAGCGUAGUAAUGCUGCACGAAGUCGUGUUGACUGCGUCCUCGCUGUUGGUCAGCAACGUCAAGGCGCGUGCAUUGAGGUAUGGGGGGUCUGGUUUUUACUCGAUCGGGAAGCUGACGCUGGAGCGUGGCAGCUCGCUGUACACGCGGUACUGCAGCUUUGAUGGAUACACACACCUGUUUUACUUGAUAUCCUCAGUGCCAGCGA